UUUUUUUUUAUAACAAAACCAAAAUGAAUCCGUAUAGUGCCUUGGCAGAUUCUAACGAGCUCAUUGACCCAACCGACGUCAAAUUCUUUAAAUUUACAGGUCUUGUUCCUGACGCCAAAGUUAUUUUGCAAGAGGAACCUUUCGAAGUAACCAAGUAUCCAGCUACUGUUUCAUUAUUUGCCGUCUCAAAUAAGAAUGGUUAUUACGCUUCAGCUACAACCAAAGGCUUCACUUUUGGCACCACAAAAUCACUUCGACAAGCUAUUUACAGUGCCAACAAUGGUGCUGCUGUCACCAUUGAUAAAGACGUUAUUUGUGUCCCUCUGGAAAAACCAGUUCAACAAGUUCGAUUCUCUGGCGACGAGACUUUGCUUCUGGUUAGCUUGAAAGGUGGUAAUUUGUUCAUUUAUAAUGUCAACGAUAUCCUGACCAAAAAAGAGAAAGUUAUACCAAUCGAAAGUUACGACUGGGAACUCAAUAUUAAAGAUUUACGACCUAAUCCAGAAGCACUUCCCAACUUGACAGCUUUAUUGUUUGACGACAACCAUUGUAAAAUUAUCGAUAUCAAUACGGGAAAUACGCAGUGUGAUAUUCCCGUGGACAAUAUAUCAGCGAUUUGUUGGUCUCCCAAGGGAAAGCAAAUUGUAUGUGGAACUACUGAAGGACAACUUUUACAUUUUGAUGCCAAGGGCGUAGCAAAAUCGGAAUUACCUAUUCCUGCAGCCAUGAGUGCAGGUCAUGGGGAAGAAGAAACAAACAGAUAUGUUCAGGACGUGUUAUGGAUCGAAAAUCAUAUUUUCCUCGCUUUAUAUAGCCGUCCACGUACCAGUGAUGAUGAUGAUUUUGUGAAUGAUGGAUAUAUUAUCAACAGAAAACCAACAAAUGGAUCCACUGAGCCUGAUUAUAUUCGUUUAGCUGAAAUCACACCUAUAUUUACAACAGAAGGACGAGGAAAUCAUUUUUAUAUGGAAGUUAUUCGUGAUUUAGGAAAGGAAAUCAAGCAUCUUGUCAUUAUUACCAAUGCUGCAUCAACGGACGUGUCUGUUCUUGGACAAAAUGAAGAAGGAGAAUGGGCUACUUGGUCUUUACCCGAGAAUGGUUUAGCUUUCUUGCCUUUAUCUACUGAGACCUCAAUGGACACCUAUCCUCUUGGUAUGGCCAUCGAUUAUACUGCGGAUGAAAAAUUGCCAUCGUUCGAUGCUGGUGAUGAUGAUACAGCCGUUGAUCCCAUGCCCGUCUUAUAUUUUCUCAAUGAUGAAGGUCAUGUGUGUGCUUAUCACUGUUAUAACAUAGACCUUGCUCGUAGAGGCGAACCUUAUGUUCCGCCUACAUUUUCUUCAACAGCAGCACCGGUUACCGCUCCCGCUUCUGAUCCUACUGUUGCUGCUCAUACUCCUACCGUCACACAGACUCCAAACUUCUCUGGAUUUGGAUCUACAAGCACUAGUUCAUUUGGCGAUCUUUUAUCUGGUAAAAGUAGCACUUCACCUACACCAGCAUCUUCUGGCUUCAGUUUCGGAAGUUUUAGUUCUUCUGCUGCUGGAGGGCUCCCUUCUUUUUCUAAUUUAGGGUCAGCACAAAAGAUACCCGCAACACCCUCGGCAGGAUUUGCCACUGCCAAAUCUAGUAAUGAUACGCCAGCCGCAGCAGUGCCUACAUUUGGAUCCACCACGAACUUUGGCUCUAGCGCUAACAAACCUGCAUUUGGUGCACCUGAAGUUAAUAAGCCUUUGUCCUCGUUUGCCAAAUCCGACCAAGUUGUACCAAACUCAGAGAGUUCGUUUGGUAGUAUGUCAUUGGGACAGACAUCCACUGAAUCACCCAAAUCAAGCUUUGGAUCAUUUGGUUCUUCAUCCACUACGUCUGCAUUUGGUGCCGCAGCAAACAAACCCGCCACCUCCGCUUUUGGCUCUACCUCAUCAUUUGGUUCGACUUCUGCUGUAGGCGGAUUUGGAUCUCUUGCAAAGAACACUGUGCCUGGGGCUACAACACCUACAACCACACCUUCUUUUGGAUCAACAGCGACACUGGGAAGUGGAGGUUUUGGAUCUCUAGCAAAGAACACUGUACCCGGAGCUACAGCACCUACCACCGCACCUUCUUUUGGAUCGACAGCUACGUUGGGUAGCGGUGGAUUCGGAUCUCUUGCCAAGAACACAGUGCCUGGAGCCACAACACCUACAACUACGCCCUCUUUUGGAUCAACAGCUACUCUUGGUAGCGGAGGGUUCGGAUCUCUUGCCAAGAACACAGUGCCUGGAGCCACAACACCUACAACCACACCUUCUUUUGGAUCAACAGCGACACUGGGUAGCGGAGGUUUCGGAUCUCUUGCCAAGAACACAGUGCCUGGAGCCACAACACCUACAACCACACCUUCUUUUGGAUCAACAGCGACACUGGGUAGCGGAGGUUUUGGAUCUCUUGCCAAGAAUACAGUGCCUGGAGCUACUACACCUUCAUUCGGAUCUACAGCUACUCUUGGUAGUGGUGGGUUUGGAUCUCUUGCAAAAAAUACAGUGCCUGGAGCUACAACACCUACAACUUCACCUUCAUUUGGAUCCACCACUACAUUUGGGGGAUCUGCGGAAAAGAAACCAGUGGCUAAGGACUCUCUUGCAAGUAAACCACUGUUUGGCUCACCUACAGCACUCGGUAAUACGACAUUUGGAUCAACAGCAACCAAAACAGAAACAUCGCCACUGACCAAGCCUAGCGAAGCCAAGAGUGCAUCACCGGUUACUCCUACUACCGUAAAAAGUCCUGUUGCGGCCAAAUCUGCCGAACCCAAACCUGCUGAAGUGAAAGCUGCAGUUGUUGCUGAAUCAAAACCAGCUGCUGUAGAAAGCAAAAGAUCUGAAGUUGAAACUAAACAAGCUACUUCUGAAGUCAAGGGUAAAGAAAAGCUCAAGCCUACAGCCUUAGAUGGUAUGGGACGUGAGUUUGAGUUACUUUAUAUCAAUGUGUGUGAAGAAAUUGAUGAGUUAAGUUCGAUCCAUGAAAAGAUUAAUGAUGUGAUGAAGGCAAACACAAUGGCCCGUGGACAGAAAACAGAGGAUAGCUUAAAAGACAAGAACUCUGUGUGGAACUUGAGCGACGUUGCUGAAUAUGGUACUUUAACACAAAAUAUUAUUGCAAGUAUUGCCGAGGAUCAAGUAAAGGCAACCAAAAUGAAGGAAUCAUUCCAAUCUCUUUCUGCAGCCAGUAAAAAAUUGACGGACAAAAAAGAGCAUAUUAUAACUGUUUUGGGCAAGAAAUUUGAUGACAAAAUUAUUGACGUACUGGAUGAAAGAGAAAUGGACGCCGAAACAAAGGAUGAAUUAAGUAUGAUUGAAAACAAGGCUGAAGCUUAUGAGUCUACCUUGAGCAAUAUGGAAUUUAAGUUGCAAGAAUACAAGAAGCGCAAUAAGAUCAAGAAUGAACAUAAUGCAGGUGAACUUACCUUGUAUUCACUUCAUCGAGCAAUCCGUGAUAUUCAAAGAGAAAUUGUUAGUAGAAGCAACGAUCUUUCUAAACUCGAAGAACAAAUGGCCGCGAUUAAAUUAAACGAGAACAAAAGACGAGCACAACAAUCAUCAGGCGGAUUUUCGUGUGGAGACGUUACUGACGAUGAAGAAGAACCAGAGAUUAGCCUUGAAGUAAUCAAAAAUACCACCAGAUACAUUCGUCGUUUCAAUUUCCUCAGAGAUGUUUGUAGCCAAUCUCGCUCAAAAGGACCUCUCCAAUGUUCUGUUGAAUAAAUUACACACUCACAAAUAAACUUUAGCAUUACAUACGUCUUAAUAAACUCUCAUUGUUUAUCAUUC